AUGGAUUGUGUUUCCACGGAUGGAGGAGAAUACUUUUCUGAUUCUGAAGAAGAGGAAGAAGAGGAAAUUCCUGCCACCAUUACCGUAAAUGGGAAUGCUGUAGUAAAACCAAAGGCAACACCUGCAGGGGUGAAAAAGAGUGCAAAGGCUGAGUCAGAUGAUGAUGAUUCUGAUGAGGAAGGAAAGGCUGAAUCUAGCAAGAAGAGAACAAAUGAAGCAGCACCCAAAACACCUGUGUCUGCAAAGAAGGCAAAAGCAGAAGUUACUCCUAAGAAAACAUGCUCGAAUGAAGCAGCAAACAGGGAUUCUAGAGAAUUAGGAAACACUAAGGAGAAGAAGAAAGGUGGACACACUACAACUCCCCACCCGGCAAAGAAGGGUGGAAAGACUCCCACAACUGCAACCCAGAGUCAAAAGUCGGCAAGUCAAGUCUCAUGUGGUUCAUGCAAGAAGACAUUCAACUCUGAUAACGCACUUGAGUCUCACAACAAGGCCAAGCACGCUGCUGCCAAGUGA